UAUUUUUGUAAACAAUAUUCCAUCAUCUGUCAUCUCGCUGACUCACAUAACAAAUUUCCUCAGUAUUAAUAAUUUUAAACAAAUAAAUAAUUAAUUAAUGACUUAACUAUUAUCAUUCCUAUAAGAAAGGAGAUCGUCGUUUUUUAGUAGUCACAAGGGUGUGGCGAUGGUGGCCAUCCUGCGGAACAGCGUGACCUUAAUUCUGUUAAUUCUUGCAGCAACUGGAUUUAUUUAUUUCCUGUAUUAUUUAAGUGGUCCAGAUAGUCGCCUCCAACUUCCCCGUGACCUAAAACAUCUCCUCGAAUUGAAAGAAGUUUUGGAAGAAUAUGCGACAAAAAGGGUCGCCUACACGGUCCUCUUCUUCUCCUCGGUCUACUUAUACAAGCAAACGUUUGCCAUUCCAGGAUCAGUAUUUUUAAACUUGAUGAGUGGAGCUUUAUUCGGAGUAUUGAAAGGAUUCCCAUUAUGCUGCUUUCUCUCGGCUUGCGGUGCUUCGAGUUGCUUUCUCGUUUCGAAAUACUUUGGGAAGGAGAUUCUCGUGAGAUAUGCGCCCCACAGGGUGGCAUACUUUCAAAAAAUGGUGGAAAAAAGGCGUGAGGAGAGAGCUUUGUUCAAAUUCCUUGUUAGUAUACGUGUCUUUCCAAUGAGUCCGAAUUGGCUGAUUAAUAUGUGCUCGCCGAUAGUAGGGGUGCCUCUGGGGACCUUUUUCCUCUCCGUCCUACUCGGACUCGCUCCUUACAACUUCCUCACGGUCAAUGCCGGUUCCGCCUUGGCAGAUUUGGACUCCCUCGAUGAUAUCAUUUCAUUGCGCGUCGCCUUCGGACUUGGCCUUCUCGCCGUCGGGAUUCUCAACCCGUUCAAAUUAUUGAACAAGUUUAGAAGACCGAAUAUUAAAGCGACCUCCUCCACGACUAAUCUGCUCCUCCCAGAGUCCUCGUCGUGAGUAUUAGUAAACAAGAAGAAGGAGACAGUGACAUGCAAUGCAAACAAACACUGCAAAACGUAAAUUAGUAGCGAGCGAUCUUAUCUACAAAGUCUGACGAUUCUGUAUUAAACAAUAUGCUUAAGGUGCUCUUACAUUUCAUCGUAACUUGCGCCAUAGCUAAAUUAUUGGCGUAAGUUAUAAAUGAAAUAUGAAGGCAUCUUUGUAUAAGUUGCUGUUAUCUUUUUAUUUGAUGGUUGAUGAUCCGAUAGUAUUUCUAGCUUUAAAAAAUGAAUAUUUUUGUCAAAUGUGAUUUUAUUAUGCAAUAUUUAUGAAAAUGUAUGUCGAAAGUAUUCUUAUCAUUUCGUGGAAUGAUAAUAAACAAACAAAACCUUCAAAAA